CGAUUAAGUGGCAAUCCUCGUUACCCCAUCUCACAACACCCUCACUCCCACCUCGGUGCUUUCAACGGCAACAUCGACUCGAGACCAUCUAGUCUCGGUUUAUCCCAUUUCCUUUCGGCCCUCAUCCGCCCCCCGAAUCCGAUCAAAGCUUUGCCUAGCCCAAGGCGCAACCCCGCCGAAAAUGUCGUUGACAAAUUCCCGUUUUUACGAGGAGAAGUAUCCGGAGGUGGACAGCUAUGUCAUGGUCAAUGUUAAGCAGAUCGCCGAAAUGGGCGCAUACGUGAAGCUUCUUGAAUAUGACAACAUCGACGGCAUGAUCCUGCUCUCCGAAUUGUCGCGCAGACGUAUCCGCAGUAUCCAGAAGCUCAUCCGUAUCGGCCGUAACGAGGUCGUCAUCGUCCUCCGUGUGGACAAGGAGAAGGGUUAUAUCGAUCUCUCCAAGCGACGAGUCUCCCCUGAGGAUGUUAUUAAGUGUGAGGAAAGAUACAACAAGAGCAAGGCCGUGCACUCCAUCAUGCGCCAUGUUGCCGAGGCCACCCAGACACCUCUCGAGACCCUAUACCAGCAGAUCGGAUGGCCCCUGAACCGCAAAUAUGGCCACUCGCACGACGCCUUCAAGAUCUCCAUCACUAACCCCGACGUGUGGAACGAAGUCGAGUUCCCCAGCGAGGCCGUCAAGAAGGAGUUGACGCAUUAUAUCAGCAAGAGACUUACCCCUCACCCCACCAAGGUCCGUGCCGAUAUCGAGGUUACUUGCUUCGGCUACGAUGGCAUCGACGCGGUCAAGGAGGCCCUCCGCACCGCUGAGGCCCAGAACACCGCCGAAAGCCAGAUCAAGGUCAAGCUGGUUGCCCCACCGCUCUACGUCCUGACCAGCCAGUGCUUGGAUAAGGCCGUUGGUAUUCAGCAGCUUGAAGAGGCCAUUCAACGGAUCGAGGCCAAUAUCAAGGAGGCUGGCGGUGGCUGCACUGUCAAGAUGGCUCCCAAGGCCGUCACUGAGCACGAUGAUGCUGCCCUCCAGGAGCUCAUGGAGAAGCGUGAGCGUGAGAACAUGGAGAUCAGCGGUGAUGAGAAUGACUCUGAGAGCGAUGAGGGUGUUGUUGAGUAAAUCGCGCGUGGAUACGCCGACUGAUACCGUCUGAUGGCCCACGGGCUUGCUCGAAUGAUGGUGGAUGGUGGAAGAAACAACAGUUCGUCUAACGAACUGUGACUAAUAGUAUCACAGGGCAAUGUUGAGUACGAUGGACACGGAUCGGAAAAGUUCAAUAGAGUUUUUGGACGUGACACGAUUUUAUGAGACGGAGAUACGGUUUGAUGCGCGACGGGGCGAAUCGAGAUCAUCGGCGAUGGUCGAGACCAUAUGAGGAGAAAGAGGGCAAUCCUUCAGCCUCAUGCGUUGAGGAAGCCAGUAGCUGUUGCUUGACUCUCUGUUGAUGACUGGGCUCCGACCGAGAGUAGCUUUACAGAUUCUGGUGUACAUAAGCUUUUUUGAUCUACGAUCACGCCAGUGGCCAUUUCAGACACUGACUCAAAAUCCCUUUUUCGCUGUUCCUUUCUUUCUGGGCGUGGAUGCUUCGAGGCAUAGGAUAAGUUUUCCAACCAC